AUGGCUCCCAACAGCCAGCAGGUGCUGUGGAACAUCAGUUUCCAAGUCCUGGUAUCCAUCAUGUCAGCAGCUGGUGCGUCCGUUGAUCAGGGUCGUCUGCAGCUCCGUCGCUGCAUACGUUGCUUAAGCUUGCAUAGGAUAUUGGCCCUCCUCCUGGUCCCCCUUAGUCCCCUCUCUGUCGGGUUCCCCACGACAGGUGGUUUCCACCUUCAAUCCAGUCCCUACAACUCCACGCCCGGAAACCCGCUACCCAGUCUCCAGAAUAGUUGGUUGUACCACCAGUCCUUGCGUUAUCGAUCGGCUAGUCAGGCUCGUCGGACCAAUCACAGUUAUAAGGUAUUCUACCUGCGAUACCUCACGGACACCGGUGUCAAAUGCAAUGACGGAACCCGAGCUGGAUACUAUCUUCGGCAUUCGAAGGAACCCAACUCGAGGAAUUGGAUGAUCUACCUGGAGGGCGGUUGGUAUUGCUUUGACGAGGCCACCUGUCUUGCCCGACAGCUCACAAAUCAGGCACUUUUCUCCUCCCGAACCUGGCACAUGGUCAGAUACAGUGAGUUUCUUUUUCACACCUUUUUGUUUACUCUCACAAAAAACUUUAUAGUGGGCGGUAUGUUGUCCUGGGACGACCGGAUCAACCCCAACUACCAUCUCUUCAAUAUAGUGUACGUCCCUUACUGUUCAAGUGAUCUCUGGACAGGGAAAAAGCGUCGAACUACAAAUGGCUAUUAUUUCCACGGAUCUCGGAUACUAACAGCUGUGAUUAAUGAACUGUUGGUGCGUCGUGACUUCGCGGAGGCCAAAAAAGUGAUCUUUGCCGGUUCCAGUGCAGGUGGAAUCGGUACUAUGAUGAAUCUGGAUAGGCUGGCACGCAAAAUCCGAAAACGAUCGCGUUCCAGAGUUCAAGUCAGCGGAAUUGUCGACUCUGCUUGGUUCCUCAACUAUCCUACGUAUACUCAACCUUCCUACCUGAUCAAUUGCACCAGCAUCUAUGACUGUUCACCACAGGAAGGCAUCCACAGAGGAAUAGAGCUCUGGCAACCACGGAUACCUAGACGGUGUCGCGAAGCCGAGGGGAAAUCCAAUUUUUGGCGAUGCUAUUUGGGCCCGGUGCUUUAUCAGCAUAUUCGCACCCCAACAUUCAUAAUCCAAAGUCUGUUUGACGAGGCUCAACUUCAGAUGAACAGAGCACUUCUUCUAACCGGUGGACCCUACACAAAAUUCGCUUACAUCCAGCGGCUCGGUCAGGAGGUCGCUAAGAGUCUAUCAGUAGCCAGGUCCGUUCCCGAAAUGGGAUCUGUUUUCUCUAAUGUACACAUCUUGAAUACAACUGAGGAGUUGUAUUUAAUAUGUAACAGAGUUUUAAACACAUUGUAA